AUAAUUAUUAUGUUUUAUUGUAUAAUAAGCAAUUGUUUAAUAUUCUACAUGUCAUUGAAAUAACACACAAAUAUUCAAUUAAUUAUCAUUUAUUUGUAAUUACACUAUCAACUUUUACUUAUACCGACCAUUAACCUCUCUUUUUAAUGAUCAAACAGUUAAUAACUUUAGAAAAUAAAACUUAAACAUAGAAUGUCGCAAUCGAACGAUUGGAUUAUUUAACUAUUUCUGCAUGGAUGUAAGAUGAAAAGUUCAACCGACUUGAUCGUUCUCAAUUUCGAAAACUAAAGCGAGAUUAAAGGCAACCCCUCAUGUUUGUAUACACUGAUAGUGGACCAUCUAUAUUUUACUAUAACAGAGGUUUUCAUCGCGCCAACAAAUUAUUUGACAUAAUAAUAACGUUAAUAGACGUAUAAACACACAUAUAAUAGAAGAUUUUUAAUGGAAAGAAAAAGGAAAGAAAAAGGAAAGAAAAAAAGUCGUGGGAGGGGGAAGCACAAACUUUUAAGCAAUCAUUUGUUUUUCAUGUUUCUUUAAUUGCUAUCAGUCAAUGUAAAAAAAUACAUUACUUAGUUACCAUUGAAAUUUAAAAAUUCAUUGAAAUGAUAUUUUGAAAAUAAUGACAAAUACAAAAUAUGAACAUUGAAAUUACACUUGUAAGUAUGUUAAUAGUUUGAUCAAAAUAAUGGCAUCAGCAGCGCCAAGAUGUUUUUGUAAGGACAAAGUGAGUGAGAAAUUCAGCGAUCUCGAUGCAGCAUCGUCUAUUGAAUUAAAAAAAAUCAUAGAAACACUCAGUGUGCCUGGAAAAGGUUUAUUGGCUAGCGAUGAAUCACCCAUGAGUUUAAAUGAUACAUUUGGAGAAAUUGGAAUAGAAAAUACAGAAAAUUCUCGACGAGAAUAUCGACAAAUGUUAUUCUCUGCUUACAAGCCCGAAUUAACGAAAUAUAUCAGUGGAAUUAUCUUGCAUCAUGAAACACUUUACCAAAAAACAACCGAUGGCAUCAACUUUGCCGAAUUUCUUCAACAAAGAAACAUUGUGCCUGGCAUUAAAGUUGAUCAAGGCCUAAUUAAUUUAUGUGGUACCGAAGAAGAAUUGACUACAGAAGGCUUGGACAAUUUGAAGGAAAGAUGUAUUCAAUACAAACGCGAAGGUUGCUACUUUACCAAGUGGAGAUGUGUUUAUUCUAUUUCAGAGACGAAACCGAGUCAAUUGCUCAUGUCGGUAAAUGCGAACACGCUUGCGAGGUAUGCAACUAUAUGUCAACGUGCCCGUUUGGUACCAAUCGUAGAACCAGAAAUAUUAACUACUGGAGAACAUAGCAUAGAAAAAGCUUUGCAAAUUCACGAACAGGUAUUGUCCAUUUUGUUUAGAGCUUUCAACGAGCACAGAGUUUAUUUGGAGGGAAUGAUUCUCAAACCUGCAAUGGUAUUGCCAGGUGUUAAAAAUAUCAAAAAAUAUACACCACAAAUUGUAGCUGAAUACACUUUGAAAGCGUUACAAAGAACAGUCCCUCCGGCAGUACCAACGAUUUUAUUUUUAAGCAAUGGACAAGCAACCGACGACGACGACGACCACGACCACGACCACGACAACGACAACGACUCGAUAUUAAAUUUAAACGCAAUAAAUAUGCUUGAAGGAAAAAAACCAUGGACUCUGAGUUUCUGUUACGGUCGCUGCUUACAAAAUGAAGUUCUUAAAACUUGGAAAGGAAAUGUAGCAAACGUGGAAGCGGCACACUCGAUAUUACUGGGAAAAGCUAAAUUAUGCUCCGAGGCAUCACUUGGAAAAUUAAGCAUACAAAACGUGCGAGCAAAAAAUAUUUAUUAAUUACGAAUAAUCGGAAACAAUAAUAAUGCAUAUAUUUAAAUGUUAACGAAAACAACGUUAUCAAUCGUCGUCGUCGUCGUCGUCGUCGUCGUCGUCGUCUAUCAUACGCGUGCAAUUUUAUCAUUGUGUUAUUUUUACAACGUAAGAAAAAUAUAUUUACGCUUGAAAUAAGAAAAACAAUCUCACAACGGUUAUCGGAGCUAACCGGACAAGCUAUAUGGCUUGCCUUUUGAUAUGCAAAUUCCAAUUAUUUAUUUUAAUAAUCGAAAUAAUGAUAUUUCGUGAUAUUUAGGUUCUCAACAUGAAA